AUGUCCUACAGCGCAUCACAGUUCGAGGACAUCACUGACGCGAUACACGGCAAAAAUGGCAAGAAGAUCCCCAAGGACCAGGAGGAGUUGUUGGCAAAGGAUGAAUCAUGGAUACACCGUUUGAAGAAGACAUCCCAUGGCCCGGCCAACGUGCCCGACCACGUGCUGCGGACAGUAUUGGCAGCUCAUGAAGCACGUGUCAAAAAGACGACCAGCCUGCGGUGCGACUGCAUCUUCUCCGGAGCGCGUCGCUUCUGA